GCUUGAACGCUCUGAUUGGAGGCAGGGCCUUCCGGUCUGCGUGAGUUUCCGAGUCCGCGGCCGCCCCUGGGGCCUAAACGUUCGGGUCCUGAGUUCCUCACAUUCCAUUGUCAGGCGGGUCUAGGUUUAGGGCCGGAGGAGACCCGCUGCGUCCGCCUGUCGCUGCGCUGAAGCCUCGACGCAGGCAAACAUGGCGGAGUUCUCCCAGAAACGGGGGAAGCGGCAUGAUGAUGAUGUGUGGGGCAGCGCUGUGGACUUCCUCCUGGCCAAUGCUCGCCUGGUGCUGGGUGUGAGUGGGGCUGCCGUGCUGGGUAUUGCCACCCUGGCUGUGAAGCGGCUCAUUGACAGGGCUACCAGCCCUCAGGACGAGGAUGACAUCAAGGGAGAUGCUACAUGCCUGGAGGACAGUUGGAAGGAACUGAGCCUGCUCAGGGCCACACCAUGCCAACAGCCCCAGUCCUCACCUGCUGCCCUCAGCCAUCCUGUGCUUCUCUCAGCCCCCUCACUCUUUGCUCCAGGGCUUCUGACAUGUUCCCUGGCCUUUCACUCUGCAGAGGGGCCUGCAGAUGCUGACCCUCAGCCAGCUUCUCAGCUUAGCUCGCCAGCACCACUGUGCCUGACGUUCCAGGAAAGGCUGUUGGCAUACGAGCGAGACCGUGUGAGCAUCCCAGUGUCUCAUGUGGCUCUGGCCAAACAGUUGGCUGGUGACAUUGCCCUGGAGCUGCAGGCCUACUUGCAGAGCAAGUUCCCAGAACUACCUUUUGGGGCGCUUGUGCCUGGGGGGCCACUUUAUGAUGGCCUGCAGGCAGGGGCUGCUGACCAUGUGCGUCUCCUGGUGCCCUUGGUGCUGGAGCCGGGCCUGUGGAGCCUAGUGCCUGGCGUGGACACUGUGGCCAGGGACCCUCGCUGCUGGGCCGUGCGUAGGACUCAGCUUGAAUUCUGCCCCCGUGGAAGUAGCCCGUGGGACCGCUUUCUGGUGGGAGGCUAUCUCUCUUCCCGUGUCCUGCUGGAACUGCUCCGCAAGGCCCUGGCUGCCUCCGUCAACUGGCCAGCUAUUGGCAGUCUUCUCGGGUGCUUGAUCCAGCCCAACAUGGCCUCAGAGGAGCUGCUGCUUGAGGUACAGAAUGAGUGCCUGGAGUUCACUGUUGCUGUACUCCUGGUGGUCACCGGGGCUGACCACGGGGUGGUCACGGAGGAUCGGCUCCUUCUGGCCUGGCCCCUGGAGGGGCUGGCUGGGAACUUCUGGCUGCAGGAUUUGUACCUGGCAGAGGCUUCCAGGCUGCGAGCUUUGGAUGACCGAGAUUUGGGGACUCGCCGGCGGCUGCUGCUGCUACUAUGUAGUGUCUGCCAAGGUCAUCCAGCCCUGCGGCAGCUGAACCGGAGCCACCUGACCCAGGUGGUUCUCCGUCUAGGAGAGGAGGAUGUGAACUGGGCUGAAGAGGCCUUGGGCACACGCUUCCUGCAGGCAGUGGAGCUGCUCAUUGGCAGCCUAGAGCAGGCCAGCCUACCCUGCCAUUUCAACCCUGCUGUGAACCUCUUCGACAGCCUGCACCCACGGGAGAUUGACAACAUGGGUUACGCACUAUACUUUGGCCUGCAGGCCCCGGAGGGGCUGCUGUAGAUGGGUGGGACAGGGCCAGCAGCACGUGUUCUGAUGCUGGUGAGCUGCAUGCUCCUCUCUUCCAGGGAUUUGGAGGGCAGUCUUUCUUUUGCUUUUCACCGGAAUAAAAGAGGGUGCAUUA